GAGGGGCCAUCUCUCCGCUUUUGGUUCCUUUUAGGUCCCACCUCCACCAGAGGCCCCAAGACAACAUGCCUCCCAAGAAGCCCGAGCCUAAGAAGGAGGCGGCUAAGCCAGCCGCAGCUGCAGCCCCCGCUCCAGCUCCUGCCCCAGCUCCCGAACCCCUCAAGGACUCUGCCUUUGACCCCAAGAGUGUGAAGAUAGACUUCAGUGCUGACCAGAUCGAAGAGUUCAAAGAGGCCUUUUCACUGUUUGACCGGACUCCAACUGGAGAAAUGAAGAUCACUUAUGGGCAGUGUGGGGAUGUUCUACGUGCCCUGGGCCAGAACCCCACCAAUGCAGAGGUGCUGCGUGUUCUGGGCAAACCCAAGCCUGAAGAGAUGAGUUCCAAGACACUGGACUUCGAGAUGUUCCUGCCCAUCCUGCAGCACAUCUCCCGCAACAAGGAGCAGGGCACCUACGAGGACUUCGUGGAGGGGCUGCGGGUCUUUGACAAAGAGAGCAACGGCACAGUCAUGGGGGCUGAGCUUCGGCAUGUCCUUGCUACUCUGGGGGAGAAGAUGAGUGAGGCAGAGGUGGAGCAGCUGUUGUCCGGGCAGGAGGAUGCCAAUGGCUGCAUCAAUUACGAAGCCUUUGUCAAGCACAUCAUGUCCGGGUAGAGUGGAUUUCUCCAGGGUGCUUGACCACCCAUGGUGGAUGUCACAGAGUCCGACUCACAUUGUGUCACAGCUCUACAACUCCCAGACCCACGACUUUCCCUGUAAAUAAAGAGCCCAGCACCAAGUCUCACCAAUCCCUGGGCUGUUUUGCAAAACCUA